AUGUCCAGUGACGGCGGCGCCUUCCCGCGAUUCGACGUGGCGGCGGACGCAUCCGAACACUCCUAUUUGACCAAGCACCAGAACAAGGCGAUUUGCUCUCCGAACAUCUCCGCCGACACGCACAAGCAGAUUAUGCGAGAAUGGAGGAUCCUGGAGAAGCACCUGCCGGACUCGAUUUGGGUUCGGGUCUACGAGAACAGGAUCGAUCUCCUGACCGCGGCCAUCGCCGGGAGCCAGGGGACGCCGUACCACGACGGCCUCUACUUCUUCGACAUUCGAUUCCCGCACGACUACCCUAAUUCGCCGCCGUGGGUCCGCUACAGGUCGUUCGGGUUUCGGAUGAACCCGAACCUGUACGCAAACGGGCGUGUCUGCCUGAGCUUAAUCAACACGUGGGUCGGGAAUCGGACCGAGAAGUGGAAUCCGGGCGAUUCGACGAUCCUCCAACUCCUGAUCUCGAUUCAGGGUCUCGUGCUGAACGAGAGGCCGUACUACAACGAGCCGACUUUGGGGGUUUUGCCCAGGAUGUUCUCCGGCGACAAAAUGUCGAAUGUGUACAGCGAGGAUACCUUCGUUCUGAGCUGCAAGACGAUGCUGUGCCUGCUGCGGAGGCCGCCCAAGGGAUUCGAAUCGCUUGUGAAGUCUCAUUUUAAGGAAAGGGGUUUUGAGAUCUUGUCGGCGAUGAUGGCGUAUCGUAGUGGGGAAUGUAGAGUUGGCUGUUACGGGAUUGGUGAUGGUGGUGGGUCGUCAGUUCAGGGGCGGAAGGGUCAGCCGCCACGGAAGUUCAGGGCUGAGAUUAAGCAGCUGGUGCCGCUGCUGGCGACUGCGUUUGCCGGGACAGGGGCUUCUGUGGGGAAUUUCGUCGAGCAGUUGGCGGGUGAGAAGGUGGAGAGGGAUCGAGGUUGUGCGUGUUUUUGCUUGUCCUUCCUAUUCUCUAGUUUAUGA